CUGAUAGCGUCUCCAUAACAAAAGUGUGGUGGUGACUGCAACAGAGCAGCGCAGUCUUAUUAAUUUACACGUCUGGUUGUUUAUCGUAUGGCAUCUUAUCGUGACAGGAUAAACUAGACUCGUCUCAGUGAAUGUUGAAGCAUGUUCGGCUCGAUAGGCAGGUUAGCUAGCUAGCUAGUUAGCUUAGCUAGCUAGUUAGCUUAGCUUGCUACUUAGCUUAGCUUGCUAGUUAGCUUAGCUUGUUAGCUGCCAACAAAGAGACGCGGAAGUUGUCAACACAUCGCUAAGUAGAGAUCAAAUGUGAGUGUAAAGUGUUGUGAUUGUGGGGAAAAUGUGCGAAAGGACGGUAGCAGAGUACGAGGAGGAACUUUCUCCAACAAAAGAGGAGAACGGGCGGCAACAUCAACUACUGGACGCGGAUUUCCCAAAACACAAAGUUGUGUUACACAGAAAAGACGUCCGUCAGCCCCCCCUCAUUAAAGAGGAAGAGGAGGAAAUGUGGACCACUCAGGAUGGAGAGUGUCUUCUAGGGCAGGAGGAGGCUGAUCUCACCAAGUUUCCACUGACUGCUGUCUCUGUGAAGACUGAAGAGCAUGAAGACAAACCACCUGAGUCCUCACAGCUUCAUCACAGUCCAGAUCGCGGUUCACGUAGUCACAGCAACUUAACGUCGCAAUGGGCGGAGCCAGGCGUCGAGUCAAGCGGGCAGAAGUGCUCACAUCCUCCAAGAUCAAGCCAGAGGACGAACAUGGACGAGGAGAAGUUCAUCAUCGAAGUGCAAGACCACAAAGUAAUAUAUGACGCAACACAUCCUUUUUACAAGGACAACGGCAAAAAGGAUUUGGCGUGGAACACCAUCGCAGGCGUCAUGGACGUGGAUGACUCCCAGCAACGGCUUGGACGUCAAGAAGCAUGCGCCCCUCAGCCGCUGGAGGGGAGCUCCACUUGGAAGCAGGAGGAUCCACAUUCCCCUCAGAUAAAAGAGGAAGAAGAGGAACUCUGGAUCACUCAGGAGGGAGAGUGUCUUCUCGGGCAGGAGGAGGAGGAUCUCACCAAGUUUCCACUGACUGUUGUCACUGUGAAGAUAGAAGACCAUGAAGAAAAACCACCUGAGUCCUCACAGCUUCAUCACAGUCCAGACGUCAGACAUCUUCCCUCUGACCCACAGGGGUGGGGCUCCAGGGUGGAAGAAGAGCAGCCGCAGCCCCCCCAUAUUAAAGAUGAAGACGAGGAUCGCAGCAUCAGUCAGGAUGCUGGUCAUUUUGAAGGACUGGAGGAGUUCCCGGUGAUUGUUGUCAUUGUGAAGAGUGAAGGUAAUGAGUUCAAAGGUGAAAGUGAGGAGAAGAGAGAGGCGGAGCCUCCGAGCAGCAGCUCAACACAACACAUGACAACAGAAGCUGGGGGAUCACAAGCGGACAACCUCAUAGCUCCACUAUCAGAGAGUGACGACACGUCACACUUUACUGACACCGAUGAUGAAGACUUUAAAGAUAAGACAUGUCACACUGACAACACUCACUUCAAAUGUUCUCACUGUGACAACACUUUUGUCACAGAGACAAAUCUAAAUAAACACAUGAGAUAUCACGCGGAGAAAACACUCGAGUGUUCAGUUUGCUCUAAAAGAUUCCUUUGGAAGUCCCACUUGAUAGCACACGCGAGAAUACACUCUGGAGAGAAACCCUUCGCCUGCUCAGUCUGCGGUAAAGGUUUUGUCGCGAGUCACUGUUUGCAGACACACAUGAGAACGCACACCGGGGACAAACCCUUCAUGUGCUCGGUUUGCGGCAAAACGUUCUCUCAGACCGCACAUCUGAACGUGCACUUGAGAAAACACACCAUGGAGAAACCGUUCCCUUGUUCAGUCUGCGGUAAAGGUUUUGUGCGGAGGGAAUAUUUAAAGAUACACAUGAGGAUACACACCGGAGAGAAACCUUUCACCUGUUCGAUCUGCGGCAUGGAUUUUAUACGGGACUCGUACUUGAAGAAACACAUGACAAGCCACACGGGGGAGAAACCAUUCUUGUGCUCGGUAUGCGGCAAGAGAUUCUCCGACAAAGUGCGUUUGACGGCGCAUGCAAAAAUACACACCGUAGAAAAACCCUUUUCCUGUUCAGUAUGUGGUAUAGGUUUUGUGCAGAAUCAAUAUUUGAAAGUACACAUGAGACUACACACCGGGGACAAACCUCACACCUGCUCGGUCUGUGGGGUGAGUUACACGCGGAGUCAAUAUUUGAAGAGACACAUGAGGAAACACACGGGAGAGAAAGUGUACCGUUGCAGUGUGUGUGAUGAAAGGUUCUUUUACCAGUACCAGCUCAACAAACACACGUGUGCCGGCGAGAACAACAAAUGAAGCUGCGGGAUCCACUAUGGACUGUACUCUCACAAUAUUAUGUUAGACCCACUCAACAUCCAUUGCUUUCGGUCUCCCCUAGAGGGGGGGGGUUACCCACAUAUGCGGUCCUCUCCAAGGUUUCUCAUAGUCAUUCACAUUGACGUCCCACUGGGGUGAGUUUUUCCUUGCCCUUAUGUGGGUUCUGUACCGAGGAUGUCGUUGUGGCUUGUGCAGCCCUUUGAGACACUUGUGAUUUAGGGCUAUAUAAAUAAACAUUGAUUGAUUGAUUGAUUUUAACAACUUUUGAGACUUCAAAACCGUCGACUUUAACAUCACCACCUAUAACGAGUGUCACAUGGUUGUGUGCUUAACACAAGCUUGUCAAUAUGCAUCUACCACUUCAUUUCAAUAAAAGUAACAGACAACUGGUUUGUUUGUUCUCUGAGGUUUCGAUGUGU